AGAAAUACAAAAUAUAAAUACAUAUACUUGUAUGUACAUAUGUAUAUAAAGAUAACGAUUUUAACGGCAGUUAUAUAAUUUAAGAUUUCAAGUUCGUAUGUACUGUAAUUACAAAACAGAGUGUGUGUACUUAUAAACCAGAAUCACUAAUUGGAAAUUAAGGUAUACGGAAAAGGAAACACUGAGGCAAAAGCUAAGAAAAAGCAAGUGAUUUGUUUCACUGAAGCGAGUGCUUAACGCAAAAAUAUUAUAUUAUUUUCCAAAACAGUUUUGAAAAGUCCUUCAAACAAAUUUAGCGUGAGCAAUUUCCUGAAUUUCCUUGCCACGCCCACUAACAUUAUCAACAUUGCGCCCAUUUGGAUUAUGGGCAUAUCCGAGGACGUCAAGCUGGACGACCUACCGCAAGAAGCCAAAUUAGCACAUCAGGAUGCCAUGCCUGAUCGUUCGGCCUCGUGCAUUGUGACGACCGGCGCUAGCGGCGGCACGAACAGUCCCAUAUCGGACACGAAUAGCGAUGGCGACUUGGACGAUUAUGCGCCGAAACGUAAACAGCGUCGCUAUCGCACCACAUUCACCAGUUUUCAAUUGGAGGAGUUGGAGAAGGCCUUCUCGCGCACACACUACCCGGAUGUUUUUACCAGAGAGGAAUUAGCCAUGAAAAUUGGCCUAACCGAGGCGCGCAUACAGGUUUGGUUUCAGAAUCGUCGCGCCAAGUGGCGCAAACAAGAGAAGGUGGGGCCGCAAUCACAUCCGUACAACCCGUAUUUGCCCAGUGGGCCGGGCGCCAUGCAAGCCGUCGUCGGUCCAACAUUGCCGCCGAACCCGUUCACGCAUCUGGGCUUCAAUUUGCGCAAACCAUUUGAUGCGCCGGCUAAUUUGGCCGCCUUUCGUUAUCCACACCUGUCGGCGGCGCCAAUGUUGCCAUCCGGAUUUUACAAUCAAUUUCAAAGAACUCCACCACAUCUACUACCCGGCAUGGCCAGCAUGUACUCACCGACCACAUCCUUCCAAACGCUGUUGGCCAAUAUGACUGCUGUGCCGCGUCCACCACCAGCACCGGCACAACUCAGCAUCGCCGCCGUCAAGCCACCAAUGAUGAUUUCAUCCCCCGAAUUGCAUUCGCCCAAUCACCUCAUCGCUUCACCGCCCAUCUCACCCACCGCCAUGACAAUGCAAUCAAUGGCACCACCAGCAGUGGCACACUCACACACACAACACCAACAGCAAGGACAAUCAUCGCCGGGGCUCAACAUGUCAAUGCUGCAUCAAGCGCCACCAGCACCGCCGCCACAGCAAACGGCAGCGCCAAGUCACACACAGUCACCGCUACAGUUGGCACACUCACCAACACAACAUCAGUCAUCAGCGUCCACUUCGGCCGUGGCCGCAGCGCUGGUACAAGUGCCACGCACCGGUACGCCACCCGAAGAUCGGCGCACCUCAUCCAUUGCGGCGUUGCGUCUGAAGGCGCGCGAGCAUGAGCUCAAGCUGGAGCUGUUGCGCCAAAAUGGGCACGGCGAUGUGCUCAGCUAGUUAAAGCUGCAGUUGUGGCUGGCAAUGUUGGUGAAGUAUGGGAGCGGAUUGGCAGGUGGAAUGAAGGGAAGCAGGGAAAUGGUGGAGAAUUUCAGCUCAAAUCAGCGCGUAUGCGGGAAGAAUGUCCACAACUUCCUUGGUAUUAAAAUGUAUUAAAAUUAUAUUUUAUUUUUAGUUUAAUUUUUAUUUGGAUUGUGGUUUGUCGGCCGUUUGUAUGUAGUCGUUUUAAAUUAUUAUUUUCUCCAGUAUAAUAACUAUAUAUAUAAAUAUAUCCAAAUAAAUAUGUAAAAUUAGUACCAGUGCGCUCAAUAAAGCAGUUUUGACAUAGUCGCAUAUAGCAAAUAGUAUUUAUAUGCAACAAUAUAUACACCUGUAGUUAGUUACUUACGUAUUCCAUUAGAAAUUUAUGCAAUUUGUCUAGUUUUUGAAAAUUAAAUUUUAUUGAAAAUAUGUAAAAAGUUAUG